AUGGCCGGGCUGGGGCCGGGGGGAGCCGUGCGGGUCCCUUCCCGCCCCCUCCCCAGCCCCGCGGGGGUCUCACACACCGCGCACGUGCGGGAGCGCGGCAGCACCGGGGACCCCCGAACCUUCUCCCCCCCCCUCCCCGGAGCCAGCGAUGACCCCGAGAAAACCAACACCACUUACCUGGAUGACUCGCAGCCAGCCCAGGAUAUCACCAUCAAGGUGGAGGACCCCGACUGCCUGUCGUCCUCCAGCUACCGGGAUGCGGAGAGCGAGCGGUUCCUCUCCUCCAGCUCCUCCACCGCCCGCCGCGUCUCCUUCAACGAGGCCGCCCUCUUUGAGCAGAGCAAGAAGACCCAGGAGAAGGGGAGGAGGUACACGCUGACGGAGGGGGAUUUCCACCACCUGAAGAACGCCCGCCUGACCCACCUGCACCUCCCGCCGCCCGCCCUCAAGAUCGUCACCAUCCACGAGUGCGAGUCCAGCGAGAACAGCCUGGCCAUGACCCCCCGCCUGCCCCCCCCCAAGCCCGGCCUCGCCAUCUUCCAGCCCCCCGGGGGGGCCCUGCCCCAGCCAGCGCUCCCCAGCCACGCCGUGUGCCCCAGCUCUGCCCUGCCCGGGGACACCUACAACUCCACCGUGGACACCAGCUUCACCGAGGCCAGUCCGUCCGCCUCCUCCGACUCCGGGGAGGGCCCCUCGGUGAGUGCCGGGGCCGGGGGGGCGCUAGAGCCGGGCGAGGGGGGCGCGGGCAGCCCCGGCGAGGCCGGUGUCCCGGAGCAGCCCAGCGCCUACCACGACAUCUGGAGCCUGCGCGCCUCGCUGGAGCUCUACGCCUCCUCCGAGCGGAGCAACGACCAGGACUCGGUGCGCAGCGACGGCGGCGACAGCGUCUCCUCCGCCGGCGGCGUGGCCCCCUGCCCCUCCUCCUCCCUGGACGAGGCCGAAGGCCCCGAGGAGAAGCUCUGGGGUCGGCCCAAGCCGGAGGAGUCGGAGCCCGGCACCCGCAAGCUGCUGCAGAUGGACAGCGGCUACGCCUCCAUCGAGGCCCCCAGCCGGGGGGGCGAGGAGGGGCCCCCCAAGGACCAGACGGCCUCCGAGAAGCGCAUUUGCUUCACCAGCGCGGGGCGGAAAGGCACCAUCUUCGAGAGCUUCGAGGGCCGGGAGCCGGAGGAAGAGGAGGAGGAAGAUGAGGAGGAGGAGGAGGAGGAGGGGAGCACGGCCCGGGGUGCAGUGGGUGGGGGCUCCCUCCGUCCCCACAGCCCCCUGGCCUGGUCCCCCUACGGGCAGAUGUUCCCGGGGCGGGAGGUGCUGCCCAGGAGGGAUUACAGCAUCGACGAGAAGACGGACGCCCUGUUCAACGCCUUCGUGCGCCACGACCCCCAGUUCGACGAGUCGCCGCUGCGGGGGAAGCACCGCUCCCGCACCCACCUCCGCAAGCAGUGGCAGCACGCCAAGCAGUACAGCGACCCCGGCGUGCGCUACCCCGCGCUGGAGCGGCACCGCACGCCCCUGCGCCGCGGCGACAGCGCCAACUACCCCCUGGACGCCCGCUUCCACAGCCCCCUGCCCCGCAUCGUCAGCGCCGGCGACGAGGAGGCGGCGGAGGCGGCCGAGGGGGUGCCCCCGGCCCCGGCCCUGCCCGACCCCGAGAUCCAGGUGAUCGUGGAGGAGCCCGGAGAGGUGGCCCCCGAGCCCAAGGCCGGCUCCGAGCCCCCCGGGGAGGACGAUGACUGCCCCGGCCCCGGGAGGUGCCUGGGGCUGGGCUCGGGCUCGGAGCUGAUGGACAAGAUCGCCGGGGGGCUGGAGGAGCGGCUCUACGGCCACUUGAGGAAAGCGGGAGAGAGCCCCGAGCCCAUGGUGGCCGUGGCGGCCAGCGAUGCCCCCCCCGACCACAGCCCUGUCUAGGCCCAGUGUGAGGGGGAGAGACCCCGGCACAGGGGGGGCUUGGCCCCCACCGGGGCUCCAUCCCCUCCUGUGGCCGGCGUGGGGACCGGCCCGGUGGCCGGGGUGCCACGGGAAGGGUGGCCCCAGCACGGGAAGGCCAGGAGGGCGAGUGGGGUCCCCUGGCUGUACCCCCCCAGCUCGGGGGGGGCCGGUAGCAUGGGGUGGCCGAGCCCCCUCGCUCCCAGGAGUGAGGUGCCAGGCGGUGGCCACGGAGGGUCCGGGCUGGGGGUGCCCGGGGGGGUCGGGGGACAGAGGUGGAGCGGAGCCUUGGCCGGUCCUGCCCCCCCGGCAGAGCUGUGUAGCAGAUAACGGCCCCCCCAGCUCGCUCCCGGUUUUCACAAGCAAUAAAGCCUCCCAUCCCCCGGGGAACGGCCUCCCCAGGAAGGGGCUGAAGCUGGGUGUCCCCCCAGCCGGCUGGGGGACACCACGGUGCCACCUGGGCCGGGGGGACAGUCAUUUGGGGAGGGGGGAGUCACCUCCUCAUGCCCACGACCCCCCCGGAGCUGUAGGGAGCCUGGGAGCUAAACUGGAAGUAGGGGCCAGGGGCUGCAGGAGGAUGCUGGAGGGGGUCCUGCGGGCGAGCUGGGGGUCCCCCUGUAAAUGCCCCCCAUUGGGGUGGGGGCUGCCCAGGCGAGGGCAGAGCGUGGGGUCGGGCCAGCAUGUGCCAUGGGUGACACCCCCCCACAUCCCCCCCCCCACGCUCUGGGCCCCCCCAGGCUGGAGGCAUUGGGAGGAUAUUUAUUGAUUUUUACCGAGGCGGACGCUGCUGCUCCAGGGGGUGGGUUCGCUUUUUAUUGGGUUUUUAUUUGUGUUUCAA